AAGGGGAAGAGCAGCUAUAUCUGUAUUAUGUAUUUAAAACAAAAAUAGUAAUUCAAUACGUUAAUAAGUUUUCCUUUUUUUAUGAAAUUUCUUAUCCUCUCUUCCAAAGAAGGUUCCAAAGUUCAUCUCUUUUUGUUAAAAUACAAAAGUUUCUCUUCAACUUAUGCGUAGUUUAAUCGUUUUAUUAAUAGAAUAUUGUCAUUUUGUCAAGAGAAAACAACCAGUUUAACAAGAAAAUAGUAAAAAUGGACGAUAAAGAAAAUAAACUAAGUAUUCGUAUCAAUUCAUCAACUUUUUACGGUUAUUUUAAGAAUAGACUAUCUGUAAAUAUUCGUAAAAUAUGCGAUAAACAUUGCGUUGGUCUACGUUGGAUAUUUGAUUCGAACUUAUUAGAAAUAUAUGGAAAAAAGGAUAAUAUUGAUAAAGUAGAGCAGAUGAUUCUUGAUGAAUUAAAAAAUCAUGCUUGCAUUGAAUUGAAAUUAUCGUCGAAUAUAAAAUUACCAAAGUUUGAUCAUUUAGCAUUAACGCCUAUAGUUACGGAUGAUUUCUAUAAUCGAAAUACUAUGUAUAUUGGCCCUAAGGAUAAUCUUAUCCAAUUAGCGGACGAUCUCUGGUCUAAAUCCUACUUGGACAAUUUCACUUUGAUUACGUUCAAUAAUACAGAUUUUAGAAAUCUGGAUGACGACAAUGACUAUUUAAAGCUAUUGAAUGAUCAAGAUGAUGUAUUUGGAGAAUAUGAAAGUGAAAAUAGUUUCUUUGAAUAUUUAACUGAAAGUGAAAAAAACGAGAUUUCCGAACAGAAGAAAGAAGAGGAGAAAAUGAAAUCUCUUUUACAAAAAUCAAACGAAAAUCAUUCAAGGAAGACAAGCCUUCAAGAUGACGUUCAUAACGAUGAAUCUUUUUAUUAUAAAUCGAAAUUUAAAAGAAAUUUUAUUGUGGCAGCUUGUUGCUUUGAUAUAAAAUAUUCAAAGUCCGAUGCUAUAGCUAUGUCAGUCUUAUUAGGAAAUAAUAAUCAAUUUAAAUACGGAGCACAGAAAUCAGUAUGGGAUUGUCUAGACGAAGAAGACAGAAAGAAAAUUGAUAAUACAAUAACCAAGUGUAAUUUUAAACAUGGACAAAUUCUUUAUCAGAAUCUUCUUAAAUCAAAAUGGAAAGCUAUAAUUUUAGUAUUACUUUCGCCCAAUAGUGUUGAUGACUUGUAUACUCAAUUAAGAAAAUCGACAAUGAAUCUAUUAAAGGCCGCCGAUGAAUCUGGUAAUAAAAAUCUUGCAAUGACAAUUAUAGGAAAUUCAUUAAAUAAACAACGGAUUAGUUUCUUAGAGAGAGUUCAAAUUGUUCUAAACACUAUUAAAAGAAUGCUUAAACGAAUACUUUGAAAAAUCAUCCCAAGCUCAAUUAUUAAACUGUUCAUCUAAGAAAAAGAAGAGUUUCUUUCCAACAAAAAAAUUAAGUACAAAAAGUUAUUCGAGUCCUUCAACACCAAGUUACGAAAGCGUUAAAAGUUCUUUUAACAAUAUAAAUAUUCAUAAGAGAUUUCUAUUCCCAUUUACAUUCUUAAAGGAAAACGAGAACACUUAUUUCUACUAUAGCAUAAUUAAUAAUCAAAUAAUUAAAUUUCAUUCAAAGUUAAUAUUUAUCUUUAUUAAAGAGUUCUUUGUAAAGUUGG